AUGUUUGAUGAAAAAACCGUUCGAGCGGCACCUGCAGUUUCGCACGAAGAUAUCAGAGACGCCAUUUUAUCUUUGGUCACGAUAUUUCGCGAUAAUAGUGACAAAUUAGAAAGGCAUGAAUUUCGUGAAAGACAGCUGGGUGAACAACUUAAAAAAGCGUUGGCAGGAUUGGAUAAACGUUAUAAAAGUCAAGAUCAAAAUUUGGAUAAGUUAGUCGCUUUGAUGGUUAGAUUUGAUGAAAAAAUUAAAAAUUUCGAUUCGUUGUUCAAACAGAGAGAUGAAAGGGAAAGGAUUCAAUUACAAAAAUCACUCGACGCCAUUGAUGGCGUUCAAACCUCGAUAACGAAAUUAAUGAAAGAAAUAGAAGAACCAUCGACGAAAGACAGCACGACAGCUUACACGAUUCAAGAUACGAAUAAAGAAUAUUUAGAAUCGCUUAAAAAUUCAUUCGAUACAAAAAUAGAUGCUUUAUCUGCUAAGUUGGAACAGUUGCAAGUCAACAUGGCGGAAAAUAAAGGAUCACCCGUUGCAAACAUCAUAGAAAUUGACGACGACAUAAAAGAAUCCAUUAAAGAAACGGAAAGAAUAAUAAAAAAAUUCGAAAAGAAAAACGAAGAAUCGCCAGAAAUAGAAUCGAAAUGGCAGAAUGAUUUAACGACCGCUUUGAAAAUCCAUCAAGAUAAAUUAGACGGUCUGUUAAAACUAGCAAAUAAAACAUCACAAGAAUUAAACACGCUCCCCACGAAAUUGUUUUUGGAAGAAUUAACGAACGGAACGCAAGACAGUCUCAACGAAAUGAAAGAAGAAUUGAUGACGAAAAGCGAUCAAAGCGUGAGCAAGAUUAAAAUGAAAAUUGAUGAAAGCAUUUCCGGUGUUAAUAACGGUCAAGAUGAAAUCGUUAAAACCAUAACAGAACUUCAAUCGAUGGGAGAAAAUUUAUACACGGACAUAAGUAAAAGUUACGAUCAAUUACUCAAAGAAAUAAAAGGUUUGUCCAAGAUGGAACAAGUCAUGAUUCAAACAGCGGACAACGUUUUGGACACAAAAAGAAGAAUCGAAUAUGGCGUCCAUCAAAUACUCUUGGAAGUCGGCGACCUCGUUAAAAUCCAGAGUAAAAAUUUAAAUUCUACGAUAAAUAAAAGAUUCGACGACAUCGAAGAAACCAUACUCGACAAUCAAACGGGUGCGUUGACGAAUUUGAGUACGAAAAUCGAAACGGAAAUAAGUCAGGUAUGGAGACAGAUAGGUAUCAUGUAUCAACAAUUGACGGCAUCUGCUGACACUUUGGAUAAACUUCAACAGCAAACGGAUACUUAUGUGAACGGUAGCGUUAAAACGAUGGAUAGCAUGGAGGGAAAAGUUAGUAAAAUAACAAAUAGAAUGUCGGAAGUUGAUGAAAAUUUAAAUUACCUCCUUGGAAAAUUAUCUCUCGUCACGUCCGAAUUCAAUCAGAUAAAAUCCGGUCUCGCAUCCGCUUUGGACAACAUCCGUAAUAGUUUCUUAGAUGCUCAUAACGAAAUCAAAGAUUCCGGUCCUGGACCUAAACCUAUCGAUAAUGACGUCAUAUCAAUCAUCAAUUCCGAUUCUUCUUCUUCUUCCAGUUAG